UGUGACUACGACGGGCACAGCUAUUAGCCAUCUUACCAGAGCUCAACCUCGAACAAGCAAACGUAGCUGAAGUGUCUCUUGAAUUCUGCAACUCUCCCCCCUAUUCGACGACGACCUGGCGAUGUCCGAUCAUCAUCGACCGUCCUAGACGAGCUAUCUCGGUACCACGACAAGGAAAAGCAUCCUGAUCGGAGUCCAACAUCCUCUCCAGGAUGGAGACCACCGAACCAUCGAAAGAGGAGGCUUUGGUGAAGCCUGGCGAUGAACAGUACAAAGCUGAAGCUCAGGCGGGAGAGGAGAAGCCCGAGGCGGAUCAGAGGUCGGACAACGAAGAAGUGGUCAACCCGGACACGCAAGAACAGGACAUGGAUAUCGAAGGGGACCAGCGGACGUUUGAAGCUAACAAGAGGGUGAAGGUGUACUUCCUGGAAGAGUCGAGCUGGGAAGACAAGGGGACGGGAUUCAUCGAAGGCAUCUACGAUCAACAGCAGGAUGAAGCCAUCUUGCUAGUCAUCGAGGAAGACGAAUCAGCCGAGCAGAACGAGUCGAGCGGGUCACAAGCACCUGGUGGCUUCUUGCGGGAGCCUGAGAACCCAACAUAUCUCUUGCGAAGUAGGGUCAGCAAAGGCGGACAGUACUCCCGGCAACAGGAUACGCUGAUCGUAUGGACGGAGCCCGACGGGACUGAAAUCGCUUUGUCGUUCCAAGACCCAGCCGCUUGUGCGAACAUCUGCGAAUUCAUCGGAGAGGUUCAAAAUCACCUCAUCCUGGUCUCAGAAGAACAUGCCAAAACAUCAUCUUCGUCUCCUGCACCGGCAUCACCACAAGCUACUGCACUGGAAGCGGUCCAGUCAGGAUAUGUGGAGCGAGAAUCAACGGGAUGGGCAGAUUUAGAGCUGAGCAACCUCAAAGAGCAAUCUGAGAGCUUGAGAGCCUCGACCCGGUCCAUCGCAGGCCGGGAGAAAACGGUGGAGUUUGUGCUAUCGAAUGACUACGUUCGUCAAAUGAUUAAUAUCUUCCAAGGAGCGGAAGAUCUGGAGAGCCUCGAAGAUUUGCAUAUUUUAUGCAAUAUGAUGACGAUAAUCUUGACGUUGAAUGACAACGCACUGUAUGAAUACCUUCUGCAAGAGGACAUCUUUGUUGGAGUUGCCGGAAUCAUGGAAUAUGAUCCGGAAUAUCCGCGAUACAAGGCGUCUUAUCGUGAUUUUCUGACCGAGACCGACCGCUUCAAGAUGGUUGUCCCGAUCAGCGAUCCCGCCAUCCUGGCCAAAAUACAUCAAACCUACCGGCUACAUUACCUGAAGGACGUCAUCCUCGCAAGAGUUCUGGACGACCCAACUUUCAAUAUCCUCAACUCGUUACUAUUUUUCAAUCAAAUCGACAUCAUUGCGCAUAUAGGGAACAAUGACACUUUCCUGCGCCAGGUGUUUGACGGUUUUAGGGAACUCAAGCUCGAGAGAAAUAUCCCUCCAGGAAUGCCGCUCAGAGAAAUGAAAUCCCGGCCGCCGAGCGCUCGAGAGCACGACAUCGUGGCGUUCCUCCACCAACUCAUGCUGAUGGGCAAGCAGGUACAGGCCCAGCAUCGUUUGGCACUGUACAAAAUUCUGCUAGAACGUGGGCUGCUCUACGUGUGUGAACUGGCCUUGCAACGACCAGAAACAACAGUCAUCAACCAGGGUGCGGAGAUGAUAUCGCUCAUCCUGGAUCACGAUCUCAAUGGAUUUCGAUCUUGUUGUCUGAGGGAACACGAAGCGAAGAGACGCACGAUAGUCGACGAUAUCUGUGCCCUCUUGAUAGAAUCGAAGGAUUUGGGCUUGAAGAGUCAGAUGUCCGAUGCUAUCCGAGCUCUGGUGGACGUAGGGCUGGAUCCGACAGAUCCGCCGACCCUGCGCGCCCAAAAAGGCGGAAUCGUGGCCGAUUCUUUUACCGCGUACUUUUACGAUUCCAUUGCCCCUUCAUUAUACCGUCCUCUCAUGGCCUUGCCCGAAAUGAAGAACUUUAAGGCCAACCCCCGACACUUGGACGCUACACAGGCGGGUCUGAUACAGCUCGUAACAGAAUUGUUGGCCACGGCGAUCCCUCAACACGGUCACCGCGUCCAAUACUUCAUCCUUUCCAAUCCUACGGCAUCAAGAGUGGCCUCACUAGCCUACAUGAAACAGAAACCUCUGAAACACGCCGCCAUCCGGUUCUUCAAGGCUUGUAUCAAGGCAAACAACCACUUUUUGCACCGACAUCUCAUAAAAAAUGAGCUAUUGUUGCCUCUGAUCGAAAUGCUCGAGAUAGAGGGUCCCCGUGACAAUAUGCUUUGCUCCUCGUGCCUGGAUGUGUUUGAGCUUAUACGCAAGGAUAAUAUCAAGGCGAUCAUCAAUCACCUCUUCGAGAAAUACGACGCAAAGCUACAAAAGUUGAGCUCCAUGCCAAAUCUGCGUGGCGUAAUGAACGCUUUACGGACGCGAUGGGAACAAAACAACGAACCUCCUCCUCCCGAACCUUCAACGCCUACAGAAGAGACCAGCGGCACGAAAAUCAACGAGGACGACUACUUUAACGAGACGGAUGAUGAUACCGUGGGACCGCAGCCGCCACGAUCAGCAGAGCAGCCGGUCGCAGGUCACAAACGGAAACGACCCAAGGUCGAGACCAAGCCGAGGAAAAUCCCUGCCUCCUCAUCAGGUGGCUCCAUUCGUUCACUCAGUCUGGAUUACAGCGACGAGUCUGAUUCAGAUACGGAGCGUCCCGAAAAGGAACCUCCAGAACGCAGCGGUUCGGUCAGCCCAGGCUCGCGCGGAACCCUGGAGCCAUCCCCUAUCCCUGCUAACGAAGUAGCCAGCUCGAGCUCAAGUUCGACGAGCUCGACCUCUACUCCACGGCUCAAAUUCAAGUUGAGCAAGAGUCCAGCUCCGGUGGGAGAUUCGGAUCUAGGCGAGAUGGCAGCCAAGAUGGCCAAGAAACGACUGCGACAGGAGGAAGAAGAAGAGGAAGGUGGGCUGGCGAACUUGAUGUCGGGCGGGAGACCUGGAACCCCACGAGCGAACAAGACUGAAGAUCCUACUGCAAAAGAGAGGUUCGCUGGGAUUGGGACGGCGGUCAAGGACGCGGGAAAGAAGAUCAAAUUGAACUUUGGGUUCGGGAAGAAGGGGGAGACGAAAGGCGAGGGUUCCGAAAACAAGCCGAAGUGAUUGAUGCCCUUUGUGUCGAGAUAGGCAAAGCAGUGAAUAUACGCUUCGAAAUGAGCACUUUUUGUAACAUCCUACGAGGCCACUAGACGGCCAUUUUCGAUCCUUCGAUUUCGUCCGAUGGAUAUGAUUCACAUCGAUCGUUCAUUUACGGCUC